GGUUGGGAUAGAUCUCCUGAGGGAACAAGGUGUUGACUCACAAACGCUCAAACUCGGCGCCUCCUCGGUGAGGAGACUCGGAUUGCGACUGGGCAGUUUUUAUUGAGACGUGCGUAAGGUGCAGCAUGGGAGCUGGGAGCUGGCCGCCGGCCCCCGCCAGCAGCAGCGCGGAGCACCGCGUGUGAGAGACAGCGCUUUCUCGGGGACCGGCCACCUCUGCGGAUUCCAGGUUUGAAGAUCUAUGAGGAGCCAUUAAAUAUGGGAACAAUGAAAGCUGGGAUGCUACUCGGUGUUGCUGUAUUUUUACUGCAUGUGGGAAGCUGUCAAAGGAGUCUGGGCAAGGGCUACUCUCCAAUGAGCUUCACCCACCACCUUUACAACGCUACCAUCCCCGAGAACUCCGCCCCGAGGACCUACGUGCAGAGCCCGGUGAAAAUGGGCAUUGUGAUCUCGGACCAGUUCUGGGACAUCAAAUACAAAUUGGUCGCCGGGGAUGAUGAAAACCUUUUCAGGAUGGAAGAGGUCACGGUUGGGGAUUUCUGCUUCCUCCGCAUAAGGACUCGAGCUGGCCAAGUCCCGUCACUUAACCGUGAAGUGAGAGAUACCUACACGCUAACGGUGGAAGCCACUGAGAGCCUUUAUGACUAUCAGGCCAGGACGAAGGUGUUGAUUCGAGUGCUUGAUGCUAAUGACCUCAAGCCCCUCUUCUAUCCAGCUUCAUACUAUGUCGACAUCAAGGAAGACACAUCAGUGAGAACCAGUGUGGCUAAGGUCAGUGCCACAGAUGCUGACCUCGGAAGCAAUGCAGAGUUCUAUUACUCAUUCACAGAAAGGUCACAUCCCUUCACGGUGGAUCCAUUCACAGGGAUCAUUUCUGUCGCUAAGAAACUCGACUACAGUCAGGCAUACAAGUAUGACCUCACUGUCUUAGCUGAGGACCGGGCCAAGAAAAUUUCUGGAACACGAAAGUUUGGGAAUGUUGCUAGGGUUGUUGUCAAUGUUGACAAGGUCCCUCCAAAGCCCCCCCUCAUCAAGUCCAUCAACAUAACAACGCCUAAUGAUGACAGGAUAUCGGUAAAUGUCAUGGUGGAAGAUGGGCUGAAAAGGGUGGAAUCUUUAAGCAUCAUUGCUGGAGAUCCGCUGAAGAACUUUGAAAUUGUUCCCUCUAAUUUGGAAGGGCAUGACUUCCAGAUAAUCUCUACGAAAAGGAUGAACUGGUUGCAGAAUCCCUUUGGUGUAAAUCUGUCCCUUCAAGCCAAGGACAGAAGCAGUCCCCCUCUGCUUUCCCAGAUAAAAGAUUUACACAUUCCUGCGAAACAACUUGACUCCCUGAGGUUUGAGAAGGAAGUAUACCAUGUUGCUCUAAGUGAAUUUGCCCCACCAAAAAGUCAUGUGGUAAGGCUGAAGACCAUACCAAGCUACCCAAAUGUCACAUACCAUAUCAAAAGUAACCCAGACAGUCUGAAAUUUCACAUCAACUCAAAAAGUGGCAUAAUAGUGACCACCGAAGGCAUGGACUUUGAAACAAAGUCUCGCUAUGAGUUUACUGUAGCAACGAACCACAGAGGGACGGAAACACAGAUUGUUGUUCAUAUUAUUGACGAAAAUGACAACACCCCAUCAUUUACACAAUCCUCUUACCAGGGGACACUUCCAGAGAAUGUGCCCAUAGGAAGUAGCAUUUUAAGAGUGUCUGCCACAGACAGUGAUACCGACAAAAACGGCUUUGUGACCUACGCAAUUGCUAACACUGUCCCUGUGCCCUUCGUGGUUGACCCAUUCACCGGGGUGAUCUCGACAUCAGAGCUCCUGGACUACGAGCUCAUGCAGCGCUUGUACCUCCUCCGGAUCUGGGCCUAUGACAGCGGUCAUCCCUUCAGCCGCGUGAGCGAGUCCAGCGUGAAGCUGCUCAUGAACAACAUCAAUGAUAACAUCCCUUUGUUCGAGAGGGUUGGAUGCAAUGUGACCAUACCACAUGACCUUGGGGUUGGGGGGAGUGUCGGUGUCAUGUCUGCUGUGGACCUGGAUGAACUGGAGCAGGUUAGGUACAGGAUUGAGGGUGGCAAUGAACAUGGUUUAUUUGAAAUCCACCCAGUUUCUGGAACCAUCAAGCUUGCCAAGAAAAUCCACCCAGCCUUGUUUGCUAGUGGGAUGCCUUCGUUUAGCCUUAGCAUAACUGCCACUGAUGGUAUACACUCUUCAUCUCCUGCUACAGUAACUAUUUCGGUUGCCCCUCCCGGUAAGGAACCUAGCAUGAACUGUGAAGAAACGGGGGUUUUUAAACAACUGGCGGAACAACUAAUCAAGUCUAUCAAGCCUGAUACGCUUGUCCAGGAAGAGGAUUCUUUCUCUGAUGUUCAUAUCAUCAACAGGCACUCGCCAAAGUUCAAUGCGGGCCUCCCAAGCUCCAUAGACAUCCGUGAAGACUUCCUGCUCAACUCCACCAUUGUUCACUUUAAGGCCACAGAUGACGACACCGGUUUCAACAGCAAACUCUUGUAUGCCAUCUCAAGUGGGAAUGAGGACGGGUGCUUCUGUAUUGACAUGGAAUCUGGAGAACUUAAACUUAUUUGCCCAUUAGACAGAGAGACUAAAACAUUUUACAUUUUGAACAUUACCGUCUAUGACUUGGGGACUCCACAAAAAUCUGUUUGGAAAUUCCUAGCAGUGAACAUUUUAGAUGUUAAUGAUCAUCCCCCUACGUUUGACCAGACCAGGUAUAUCGUAAGCAUACCGGAGAAUACAGAAGUAGAUAAGAGUAUUUUUCAGGUCCGUGCGGUGGAUUAUGAUUUGGAUGACAAUGGCAGCAUCAGAUAUUCCCUCUUGUCUUCCACAGAGACAUUCCAGAUUGAUGAGAUAACAGGAGUAGUUAAAGUAACUGCACCCUUAGAUAGGGAAACGUAUAGGAGACAUGAUUUAAGGAUUGAAGCAAGAGAUCAGCCAAAACAGGAUCCCCAGCUGUUCUCUAUUACAGAUUUGGUGGUGGUUUUAGAGGACAUUAACGACAACCCUCCAAAGUUUGUACCAAAAAUGUAUAAAAUUAAAGUACCUGAAGAUGUCCCCUUGGGAAUGACUUUGAUGUGGGUCGAAACGUAUGAUUUUGACCUUGGGUUAGGAGGAGAAAUCAGUUAUAACCUUAAGAACAGUGAGAAUGGCAUGUUCUUCCUGGACAUUCUGACGGGGGCUCUGACACUUGAGAAAGAGCUGGACUUUGAGAAGAAGCAGUUCUACAACCUCACGGUGCGAGCCGUGGACCACGGGAAGCCUCGAGCCCUCUCGUCCUCCUGCUACGUGGAGGUGGAGGUCCUGGAUGUAAACGAGAACCUAAAUCCUCCCGUCUUCUCGGAGUUUGUCUACAUGGCGACGGUGAUGGAGGACACUGCCGUGGGCACAUCAGUGCUGACCUUGAUGGCAGCCGACCAGGACCAAGACCACGAUGGGGUGGUGAGGUUCCAAAUCCACGGAGGGACGGGCCUCGGCGUAUUCACCAUUGAUGAGGAGACAGGACUCAUUCGUACAGCUGAUACCUUGGACCGAGAGGUUGUUGGCCACUACUGGCUAACAGUCUCUGCUACCGAUAUGGGCACCGUGCCCUUAACGUCCUGGACGGAGGUGUACGUGGAGGUGCUGGACGUCAACGACAACCCGCCUGAGUUUUCUCAGCCCGUCUACUUUGGCUCGGUCCUGGAGAACGCCCCCGAAAACGAGUUUGUGCUGCAGGUUGCUGCCACGGACGUGGACAGCACGUCUGAGGGCAAGCAGACCUUCCAGAUCCUGGAAUCUCAGCGCACAUACUUUGCCAUUGACCACAAGACAGGUGCUAUUCGGACUCUGGCCUCCCUGGACCGGGAACAAAAAGCAGAGCAUAUCAUUGAGGUGACUGUGUCCGACAACAGCUCCCCCCCGCUGGCCUCCAGCGCCUCCGUGGUAAUCCAGGUGCUGGAUGUGAACGACAACAACCCCCAGUUCAGCCACAAGCUCUUCCAGGUGAAGCUGCCGGAGCGGCGGGGCGAGGCCAGGCCACAGGAGGUUUACCGGAUGGUCGCCCGCGACGACGACAAAGGCCCCAACGCCAGGGUCACCUACAGCCUGCUGGACGACCUGGGGCAGUUUGUCAUCGAUCCCGACACGGGCGUGGUCUCCUCCCGGGGGGACUUUGUACCAGGAAACUACAGCAUCCUCUCGGUCAAAGCCACAGACCACGGCAGCACGAUGAGGUCAUCGACUGCACGCCUCGACAUUGAAUGGCUUCCCAAGCCAACGCCCACCUCCGAACCCCUGGCCUUCGACGAGCCACACUUCACCUUCGCUGUCAUGGAGACAGACCCCGUCACUCACAUGGUGGGGAUAAUCAGCACGGAGAUUUCCUCCAGUCUCCUCUGGUUUGACAUUGUAGGUGGCGAAGGAGCAGAGGACUUUGAUGUGGAGAAGAACAGCGGAAGCAUGAUGAUCGCCAGGCCACUGAAUGCUGGGAAGAGGUCCAAUUAUAACCUGACAGUCAGGGUCACUGAUGGAACCAAGGCUAUAACCACACAGGCCUACAUACGUGUGCUGGAUAUGAACGAACAUCGUCCGGAAUUCCUUGAGAAACAUUACGAGGUGAUGGUGCCAGAGGAUACCGCUCCUUGGAAGGAGAUCCUGCAGAUCAUCGCCCGGGACGAGGACAUCAACAGCAGGCUGGUCUACACCAUCCAUGGCAGCCUCCAGUCCGGCAGCGUCGCUCACUUCCACCUGGACCCCAAGAGCGGAAUUCUCGUCUUGGCCGAGGAGCUGGACUUUGAAACCCUGCCAGUGCAUACGCUCAUCAUCAUGGUCAGGGAUCAAGAGAUUCCAGUAAAGAGGAACUUCGUCAAAGCCGUUAUCCAUGUGGAAGACUGCAAUGACCACGCUCCAGCGUUUGUGAGCCCUCACUAUCCAGCGACUAUUCUGAGCGACGCCGCCACUGGCACUGAGGUUCUGCGAGUCAAGGCUUUGGACAAGGACACGGGCAGCAAUGCUGACAUCAUUUACUCUUUCCAUUCAGGGAAUGCUGAUGGCAUUUUCAGCAUUGAUCCUGAAACUGGAAGUAUACUAGUGGCGGAGCCGUUAGAUAAACUAUCCCAAGAACACUACCACCUCCAUGUGAAGGCAACAGACCAGGGGUUCCCCCAACGCAGUGACAUAUGCCCAGUCACCAUCCAGGUGAAGCUGUCUGAGAACGUUCCUCCCAAGUUCUCCUCAACAGAGUAUUUCACAGAAAUCCCUGAGUCAAGUCAUGUGGGCACCCCUCUCAUCACCAUCACUGCCUCCAGCCCUUCUGCAGUACAAUACAGAAUCAAGGAUGGAGAUCCUAAUGGCACUUUCCACAUCAGCUCCGUCUCUGGAGUGUUGUCGGUACAACGGGCUCUCAACUUUGAGGAGUGUGCCUCCUACCGGCUUCUCGUAAGAGCCUCCACCCUGGCUCGAGCCUCCUCAGAUGCCAUAGUUUACGUCUACGUGAUUGAUGAGAACGACAACCCGCCUGCCUUCCUCCAGGAUGAGUUUGUGGGGCAGAUCAGCGAGUCUGCCCCUGUCAAUAGCAUGGUAAUGCGGGAGGACAAAACACCUCUGGUGGUCCGUGCUACAGAUGCAGACACAGGCAUCAAUGCCUUGCUUGUCUUUCAGAUACUUGAACUGGAGAUGCAAAGCGUGUUUUCUAUAGACCCCAGCAUGGGCACUCUCUCUAUAAUUUCCACUGUUGAUUAUGAAUCAACACCAGAGUUCCAUUUUAGUGUUCAAGUAAUGGAUUCGGGUGUACCGUCUUUAUACGCAGUCAAACCAGCUAAAGUAACUAUACGCAUCCUAGAUUUCAAUGAUUGUCCGCCUAAAUUCAUCAUGUCUAUGUACGAAUCUUCUAUUUUGUUCCCUGCAGUUCCGGGAAUGGAAGUCAUCCAAGUGACUGCAGUUGAUCCAGAUUCAGUUGUAUCAUACUCAAUUCAUGAGGGAAACAAUCCUAAUGUUUUCAGUAUUGAUCCUUCUAGUGGGGUAAUCUCUAUAAGCAAUGCCUCUAGUCUCAAACUUAGUUAUCACAUCUUAGUCAAAGCCUCUGAUGGCUUAUACAAAGACACUGCUGUGGUCAAGAUAAAUGUCACUAAUAUUACAAAGACAAAUCUCGGAUUUGAUCAAAUGCACUAUGCCACCACUGUGAUGGAGAACACAACAACUAUCCAAAGCUUAGCAGUUAUGAGAGCCUCUGGGAGUUACCUCAAUGAACCUUUGAUCUACUCAAUUCUUAAUCCUCAGAGCAUGUUUUCAAUGAUCCCGACUUCGGGGGUUCUGGAGACUACAGGUGUUCCUUUUGAUAGGGAGGAGCAAGAUGUGUAUGAUGUGGCAGUGGAGGUAAGGGACUUGAGGAGUCCUCCUAGAAUUGCCACUACACACGUGAAGGUAUAUGUAGGUGACGCAAAUGAUAAUGCACCAGAAUUCUUGAACUUGCCAAACUUCGUGACAAUAUCUGAUGAGUCUGAGAUAGGUGAUGUGUUCUUCCAAGUGACAGCUAUGGACAAUGAUCUUGGGGAAAAUGGAUCGGUGAUUUACCUACUGGAGGAUGACUUCAGCCUUUUCAAGAUUGAUCCUUACCUUGGGGAUGUUUCUUUACAGCGAAGUUUUGACUUUGAGUCCAUGAAUAAGUAUGACCUCAGCAUAGUAGCCCGAGAUGAGGGGGACCCAAGUCUGAUGUGUGUUGGAGAGCUUCACAUACAAGUCCGAAAUCGAUCCAAUCCAAUAUUCCAGAGUCCACUUUAUCGUUUGAAAAUUCCGGAAAAUCUUUUGCCUUUCACAACUAUCUUACAUGUGCAAGCCAGAAAUCCUGAGGGCUUUCGUGUGAUCUACAACCUUGGGGAAGAGAACUCCUCAAAGAGCUUUCACAUAGACUUCAAAACUGGUAUCUUGAGCACUGCUGACCGUUUGGACUAUGAGACUCAGAGUCGCCAUGUUCUGACUGUUCGAGCGACAGAUUCAGUGGCGGGAACUUUCUCUGAGGCCACUGUUGAGAUUGAAGUAGAAGAUAUAAAUGACAAUGCCCCAGCAUUUUCACAGAUGCCUUACAUGGCAAGUCUGCCGGAGGGAUUACCGAUUGGCACCUCCGUACUGCAGGUAUUUGCCACAGACAGAGACUCUGGGAGAAAUCAAGAGUUAUUUUAUGAAUUAAUGGGCACUGGAAAGAAUGAAACAGAUGUCUUUGAAAUUGACCCAGUCAGUGGCCUUCUAGUAACCAGGCAGGUUCUGGAUUAUGAAAGUAUUCAGCAAUAUCAUCUGAAAGUCAAGGUUACAGAUUACGGGGUACCCCCCUUGACCAGUGAAGCAUUUGUCAUCAUCAAUGUCACUGAUGUUAAUGACAACCCUCCAAACUUCAGUGAGUCUCAGUAUCAGGCCAAUCUUAGUGAAAUGGCCACUUGUGGUCACAUUGUAAUCAAGAUCCAAGCUUCAGAUCCGGACAUCAGUGAUCAUAACAGCCUGGAAUACAAAAUAAUCUCAGGAAACGAAAACAGACAUUUUGCCAUCAAUAAAUCCUCAGGUUUAAUUUCUUUUGCGAAUGUCUGUAGUAGAAGCUUAGACCCUUUUUAUAACCUUACUGUGGCUGUUUCUGAUGGGGUUUUUCAAAAGACGGCUCCGGUCAACAUCGAUAUGAUGAACAGUAACAAACAUAGUCCAUAUUUUGAGAAAAGCAUCUACGAGGCUGAACUGGCAGAGAAUGCCGAAACCGGAACCCGGGUCAUCAGACUUGCGGCUAUCGAUCCAGAUGAUGGGCCAUAUGGCAGCGUGGAUUAUACGAUCAUUAACAAACUAGCUGAUGAGAAAUUCGCCAUAGACAACGAGGGACAGAUCAGUACAUCCCAGCCCCUGGACAGAGAGAACCCAACCCAGAAAGUGAUUGCUAUAAAGGUUAUGGCAAAAGAUGGUGGAGGAAAAGUUGCGUUUUGCACUGUUAAGAUCAUUCUGACAGACGAAAACGACAAUGCUCCCCAAUUUCAGUCAUCCGAAUAUCAAGUGUCGAUCAAAUCUACCGUAAACAAAGGCUCCCCCGUCAUUCAGAUAAUGGCGUAUGAUGCGGAUGAUGGCAAAAACGCAGAUGUCACUUACAUGGUUGACGAUGUGGAGGAUAUCACAGAGGAGCUCAUUGAGAUAAAUCCUUUCACUGGUGUGGUCAGUGUCAAGGAGAGCCUGGUUGGGAUGGAGAACAAAAUCUUCACUUUCAACGUCGAAGCCCGCGAUGGGGGCCUCCCAUUCUAUAAUACCACCGUUCCUCUACAAGUGAAAGUUGUUCCACCUGAGGUUGAGUUGCCAAGAUUCACAGAGCCUUUGUACACCUUUUCAGCAUCUGAGGACCUUCCUUUAGGCUCUGAGGUUGGAAUAGUUAAGGCUGAUGCAGAUAUUCCAGUCAUAUACAGCCUAGUGGAAGGCAACACAAUUGAAAGUAACAAGGAAAGAAUCUUCACUGUUGACAAAGACAGUGGAACCUUGGUUAUCCAAAAGAGCAUCGAUCAUGAGAAGACCAAAUGGUAUAAGAUCGAUGUUAUGGCUCACUGCAAUCACAACGGCACAGAUGUGGCCUCAUUGGUGUCCGUCAACAUCCAAGUCCAAGACGUGAAUGACAACCAGCCAGUUUUUGAGGCUAACCCCUACAGAGCCUUUCUGGCUGAGAACAUGCCGGUGGGGGCCACUGUCAUUCAAGUUACAGCGAAUGACCCAGACACUGCAACCAGCGGGAAGGUAACAUACAGGCUGGAGCCAGAGCUGUAUGACAUCAGUGAGUUGUUCACCAUUGACAGUGAGAGUGGCUGGAUUACCACAAUGAAGGAGAUGGACAGCGAGGUCAUGAGUCUGUACCAAUUUCAUGUGGUGGCCAUCGAUCACGGAGGGAGUGUCAAGCUUUCCUCCUCCACGCUGGUGGAGGUGACAGUGACAGAUGAGAACGACAACCCGCCUCACUUCACCGAGGAGGUGUAUCAGGGUUCCAUCUUGGAGAACAGCAGAGAAGGAGAAGUCAUCGUCACCAUCAGCACCACUGAUGCCGACAUUUUGGAGGAGAAUAGGCAGGUCACGUGUUACAUAACAGAUGGAGACCCUUUCGGCCAGUUUGGCAUGGUCCAGGAUGGGGACGAGUGGAAGGUGGUAGUGAAAGCUUCUCUCGACAGAGAAGUGAAGGAGAAGUACAGUCUGAAGAUCACAGCCACCGACGGACGCUUCCAGACCUCCUCCAUCGUUGAGGUUCACGUUCUUGACAUCAAUGAUAACAGCCCACUUUGUGAGCAGUUGCUCUACACGGAGGUCGUCAUGGAGAAUUCUCCGCCGGGCCUGUUCAUCCUCAAGGUCACCGCCACUGACCCUGAUGUGGGUACAAAUGGACAAUUCUCCUUCAGCCUCCAUGGUCCCGACGCUGAUAAGUUUCACAUCAACCAAGACACCGGAGACCUGUACACCCUGGGGUCCCUUGACCGGGAGCUAGACUUGGAAUUCGACCUGGUUGCCAAGGUGACCGAUGGCGGUGGCCGAUCCUGCCAGGCCGACAUCCUUCUGAUGAUCCAGGACCAGAACGACAACGCGCCCAAGUUCCCCACAAGCCACUACUCCAUAACUGUUUUCGACAACACCACUGUGCGCACCCCCAUCGCGGUCAUCUACGCCAAGGACCCAGAUGCUGGUAUAAAUGGAGAAGUUGUCUACAAGCUGCUCGGCUCGGACAGCUCCUACUUCUCGCUGGAUGAGUACUCCGGGAUCCUAAGGUUGGAGAGCUUCCUGGCCGACAUUCCUCAGACCACGUUUGAGCUGCAGGUGCAGGCCACAGACCGGGGGCUUCCCCGGCGACUGAAUUCCGUCGCCACGGUGACUGUCAACAUCGUGGACCUUGACAACUACCAGCCGGUCUUCCAGAGCAGCCAAUACUCAGCCCAAAUCCCAGAAUCCGCUGCAGUGGGAACUGAGGUGCUGAGCGUGUCGGCCUUCUCCGGAGACAGCGUGCCCAUCCUAUAUGACAUUAUUUCUGGCAACGAGCAUGGAAUAUUCCAGAUUAAUCCAAAAUCAGGUGUCCUGUCAGUUAACUCCCCCCUGGACUACGAGCAGCGGAGCGAGUAUUAUCUCUCGGUGGAGGGAUCGAGAGGCAAGUCCUCCCUGAGCGACGUUACCAUGGUGAUCAUCAACGUCACAGACGUCAACGACAACCCUCCCAUCUUCAACCGAGGCGACUACAGCGCCGAAGUCCCGGAGGACAUUGCCCUUGAUGACUUGGUGAUGCAGGUAAUGGCAGAAGACCUCGAUGGACCUUUAAACAGCCUUGUCCACUACAGCAUUGUGAACGGUGAUCCCCAGAAGCAGUUCAUAAUUAAUCGCCAGAGCGGAGAAAUUAGGGUGAACCGGAGACUGGACCGAGAGGAGGUCCCUCAUUACUCCUUAACCAUCCAAGCCGCUGAUGGGGGGGACCCACCCCUCUCUACCGCCGUGCAGGUGACCAUCACCGUGUCGGACAUCAACGACAAUGCACCUACCUUCUCCCAGAUCAGUCACAACCUCUUUCUCCAGGAGGGCGAGCCAGUGGGCAGUGGUAUUCUCCAGCUCACUGUGAUUGACAAAGACACGCCCAAGAAUGGCCCGCCCUUCGCGUACCAUAUCGUGUCUGGGAACGAGGAUGGGCACUUCCACGUGGACCAGGGUGGUCUGCUGUCAACCACUAGCCAGCUAAAGAAGAGGACCAGAGAGCAGUAUCUUCUGAAAAUUCAGGUGAUAGAUAACGGGCACCCUCCUUUGUCCUCCAUAUGUGUGGUGAAGAUCAACAUCACCGAGCAGAGCACGCACCCACCGUCCGCCGUGCCGCUGGAGGUCUACGUCACCACUACGCACGGGGACUUCUCCCGCAGAGUCCUCGGCAAGCUCCAUGCCACCGACCAGGAUCUCCAUGACGUGUUGUCGUACCGGUUGGCGUCGGAGGUCCCGCCGGGAGGCCGGUUCUCCGUGGAUGAGGCUGAGGGUGAUGUGGUGGCAGAGGGCCCGCUGGAGCCGGGGCUCUACCUGCUGAACGUGAGCGUCUCCGACGGGCGCCUCAGCACCUGGGCCGGGGUGCGGGUCCACGUGUGGGCCGCCACGCAGCCAGUGCUGGACCGGGGCUUCACCCUGCGCCUGGCCGGGCUCACGCCGGAGGAGUUCGCUCGCGAUCACUGGAGGAGUCUCCAACGUGGCCUCAGCCUCGGCCUGGGCCUGCCCCGCCAGGAGCUGCACGUGGCCAGCCUGCAGUCCGAGCCGGGCUCCCUGGCCUUGGAGGUCCUGCUGGUCUGGGGCCAGCAGGGGCUGGACACCCCCGUGGAGACCUUCCCUGCCAGCCGGCUGGAGAGUGUGGCCUACGACGUGGGCGACGCCAUGGGCCUCGACGUCUUGAGGAUACGACAUGGGGCGUGCGCGGGGCCGGAAUGCCGACAGGCCAGCUGCCGGAAUACCGUCCGUCUCCUGGGAGACGUCGAAGGGCCUUAUGCCACAGCCCGGGCCAGUUUCAGCACCCCACGGCACGCCUGGGAGAGCAUCUGCUCCUGCAAUGGCUCGGCCGUGCGCUUCGACGGAAGGGGCUACCUGAAGUACCUGUACCAGGGGCAGGAGACCCAGGGCUUCCGGCUCUCUCUGAGCAUGAGGACGACACAGACGCAGGCCGUCAUCGUGACCGCCAACUCCACCGACUGGGGCUCCCUGGAGAUGAUGCACGGGGUUCUGCACUUCCGCUACGGCUGUGGGGGGGGCCCGCAUAGCACCCUGCACGUGCCAGGAGACCCCGUGUCGGACGACCGUUGGCACCACGUCCUCCUGGAGGCCAACGGCACCGCAAUCAAGCUCACGCUGGACCGGAUCCACACCGCUGUGGGCGUGGCCCCCCGCCCGUGCCGCUUCUCCGGCCCCCGGGGCUCCCUGCUCUUCGCUGCCACCCAGGGGUCUCGGGGGGCCCCGCUGCUAGGCUUUGGGGGCUGCCUGGGUGACCUGCAGCUGAAUGGGGAGUUGCUGAGGCACACCGAGGGCCCCGCUGGGGCCGUACCCGGUGCUAGGAAGCUUUUCGGGAGGUACCAGUGCUGCUUGGACUCCGGGGGGUGCGCUAGCACCCCUUGCCAGAACGGGGGCUCCUGUAAAGAGAACUCCCUUGGAGAGGCCCAGUGCAGCUGUCCGCCUCUUUUCGACGGGCCACACUGUGAGUGGAAGAGCUGCGAAGGCCAGCCGUGCGAGUGCCCACAGCAGGAUGCCGGCGGCAGGUGCCUGAAUGUGUCGGAGGAUUGCUCUAUGAAUCCGGUGCUGUGCGGGCGUGUUCUGGAGGCUCCGGGGGCACUGGGCUUGGCAUUGGAAAUCUGUGGUGCGUUGUUUGGGCUCCUCCUGCUGGCUGGAGUCUUUGUCUGCGGCCGCAAGCUCUACAUCCGCUGGCAGAAGCACAACGCCGUGGCCACGCGGAUCCCUGGCAUAGCUGAGGGCCGGUCCAUGGAGUUGACCUCGGUGGGCGGCCCCGGGAACAACCUGGACCACGACCCCUUCAGGACCCUGAAGCCCCGGAACCAGCCAGAUCUGGCGUCACUGGCCGAGGGCCACAUGCAGAAGCCCGCGGGGCCAGUGGUGUGCAGUGUGGCACCAAACCUCCCCCCACCCCCGCCCUCUAACUCCGACAACGAGUCCAUCCUCAAGAACCACUGGGAGCUGGACUAUGAUGUUUACCCUGCUGACCCCGACUACUUCGGUCGGCCGACCGUCCAGGAGUUCCCGCAGUUCGACAUCGGGGAGAACACGUACACCGCUGUGACCUCCGGUGACCCCCGCCGGAACUCUCGCUUUGGGGGCUUCCCCUUCCCGCUGGAGCGUGGUGAUCGUCGGGCCCCCCUGCCGCCGUGCUACAGCAGCCAGAACCUGGACGACUUCCUGGGGCCCGACGGACAGCCGCUGCCCGGUCCGCAGUGCCCCAGCGAGUACACGGCCAUCAGCUACUACCCCUCGCAGCCGCCGCGCAGCCUGGACGGCGGCUCCUCGGCCGGCUACCGGCGCCUCAGCGUGCGCCUCAGCGUGGCACAGCCCUCCUACUCGGAGGGCGUGGCCCCGCCCAGCCGCGCCUCCCGCACCCGCCACGGCUCCGACAUGGCAGAGAGCGACUACGGCAGCUGUGAGGAGGUCAUGUUCUAGGGAGGGGCAGAAGGCCCAGGAUUACUUCGCUGGGCCACGAUGCACCAUACUGACCUCACCGUAGAUACUGCGGCUACUGCGGCCCGCCGCUCAGCCUGCACAAAACGGGGGGGGGGCAGUCCUUCGGGGAAAACAGGAAGAGUAGCGCUCUUUCCGGUAUAAGCCUGUCGCCGUGACUCCACCCGGUCCAUUAGGGUGGCUGUCGGUCGGAGAACUUAUCUCAUGUAGUCCCUGUGUGUCCGUGUGCCCGAUUCAGUGUUAGAUAUAAUCUACGAAAGAAAAAAAGAAAAACGAAAAAAGAUACUGUAAUUCUAAAACCUGUGAUGUGAAUUUCUAUGUAACAGAAACGUAUAUAAAUAUCUGUAUAUAUGUGUGCAGUUCUGACAGUCACUCCACGUUGCGAUGAAGUGACUGGACAAAGGCCCGGUUUUCUCACCCUUUUUUGGUAAAAGCAUUCAGGGACCUGCCCACUUUGCGUUUACCUCACAUUCUGUCCAAAUAUGGAACGGAGCUGGUUAUAAGCGUGUCAAUCAGACCCCUGGAGCUCCAAGCCUGCGGAUGGCUUCAUCUGACUGGAGCAGAGCUGACCAUCAAAUCUGAAACCUUGAGUUAUCUGUGUGGAAGGUCCAGUGAUAGUCAUCUUAGAGUAUUAUCUACAGAGAUUUAUUAGAAAUGAUUUAUUUUAAAACAUUUCCCAUUCUAUAAACAUAUACGCAUUGUGUAAAUAUAUAGGCAACUAACUCACUUCUAAGUUCAUGAAUUCAUGCAUAAUUAUGUACGCACAUUAUUUUUUAUAUCUCUGUGUAUGAAAAUAUUUUUAUCUCUGACAUGAUUCAGUAUAAAGAGGUCACAAAUAUAGAAAAGAAGGGCUGGUACCUAUUAGUCGUUGAAAACAUUGACACAGUGAUGUAGUUUGUGUUACGGACUUGUUUUGUUCUUGCGGAGGAAUGUACUUUGAUGACAGAGCGAAGGCGAAAUCUGCGGGAUUUCACUUUCCGCAGGUAAUAGAAACUUAACUGGACCGUGAGGCGUGUGCAAAGAUAUGGUACAAAACGAAGCAUGUUCAUUGCUGACCAUCUUCUAGCUGCAUAAUGGACAAUGCAUCAAGUUUACAUGAAUGAAUCCAGUUCUUUUUGCUGCAGCUCCCCCAUCGACCAUCAUGCUCCCGAUAGAGGGAAUAACUGUAUUUAACGGCGUGCGACAAUGACAUGUUUAUGCAGUAGGGGUACGGUAUGUGCUGUGUGCUUCGUAGAACUGUGUGUGUAUGUGUUCUUGUGGCAGUAGCAAUGCGUGUUUACAUUGUUAAAUGACACCACCGAAUGGGUAGUAAUUUGAGGCCAGUGGAGAAGCCUUUCUGGGUCUAGGCAGGGUGGUGCCAGAAGAGACACUCCAUCUAUUAUAAGCCACAAAGUCUGAGGGCAGAUUCCCAUUUGUGGGCGGGGUUAGGGGUGUGGUCUGGGCGGAGUUAGUGAGAUGCUGAGUGACCAUCCGUGUGUGAGCUUUCUUAUAGCCUGAUGUAAAUGUUCUUUAUUUUCUGUCUCAAUGUGGGCCAAUCCCAUGUUUUAAAGUUGUUUCUCUGUGAGAGAAUUUUAUGGUUGUUGUUACAUUCUUUCGUUGAUGUUCAAUAUUGUAAAAAAAAAAAAAGGAACAUAAUUAAAAAGUAUUGUUUUGUAUUA